GCUUUUCAAAUGAACUCUGCAGGCCAAGAAGCACUGCCAGGACCAACUCCAGUUACUCCACGGGUGUUAAAUUGCGAUAUACGAUAUCGAUAGGCUACUGUGCGAACAGGAAGGCGUGGGUUGGCUGAUCACACGUAUAGAGAGUCUUUUAUCUCCUCACGCCUUACAAAUCUCGGGGAAAAAGCAGGCCGGCUUUCUCCGCCCACAGAGUUUUGGAACUUCCAGUAGAUGAUCAUGGGUCGUAAGGUUAUUUACAAGCUAGAGAGAGGCAACAACGCCAGGGAAGCCCGGGACGAGUCCCCUACCGGUCCCGAAGGCGACAAUCUCCCCAAAAAAACCCGGACCCUCCUCCUUAAAAGCCAGCUAGCUACGAAAAACAAGGACUACGCACAGCUUGACAAGCUUUUGGGGGAACUUGGAGACCUUUAUGAGGAAGCUGAAGAUCUUGGAAAAACAAUUCAGACUGCGAAGAAGGAGCUGAGCAAUGCCGCGUUCCUGAAGGGCCGGGAGGCUGAGAUGGCGAAAACGCGGGCGUACUACCGGAUGUGCACAAGUUAUCGCAAACUAGACCAAUUCGCGCCAGCCUUGACUUUCUGUACCAAGUACAUUACAUGUGCUGAAAAGCUCCGGGAUGUGCAGGAUCAGCUGCAGGGGCAUAUCGAGCUUGGACUGAUUCAUAUCGCCCGGUUCGAAGCGAAUGAGCAGCACGAUGAGGCUGAACUCAAUGCAGCCAUGACGGCGUUCAAGUCUGCGAGCAAGCUGAUAUCGCACAUCCCGAGGGACAGGAAAGGACCCGUCAGAGCAAACCUGAAUCUGAACAUCGGCAUCACGCUCAACCACAGCAACCAGCCCGACCGCGCUCUGGAAUUCUUUGAGAAAGCGCUCGCUCUCUACAAAAAGGACGGAAACAAGCCGCACGAAGCCAUGGCUUACUUCAACAUGUCACUUGCAUAUCACAAAAAGAAGGAUAUAGAACAGUCGAUACGGCAUCUGUGGCUUGAACAGAGGAUAUGGCAUGAUUUGGGCAACGUUGUUGAGGAGGCCCGAGCGUUGUGGGAGGUUGCUGUGAGAAACAGGGAGGGGUUCAAGUACCUCGAGGCGAUCCAGACGUUUCGAUCUUAUAUCGGUCUUUGCCAGAUCAUCGAUGACGCGGCGGGACGGUCGAAAGCGAGAGCAGCAAUUGAGGAGACUAAUGAAUGUAUCGAGAAGGAGAGGCGGGUGGUUGAGCUUACAGAGACCUACAACCAAAUCUGCAAAGUCGACGAAAACCAAAACAUUCGCCGUAAGCUCGAACUGUUGGACCAGCGCGGAAAGUUGCUCCUCGACCUCGGCAAACAUGGCCCGGCGCUGAAAGAUUUUCUCGAGGAAAAACAAUUCGCUUACAAGUUGAGUCUGAACAAAUCGCGUAUUGGAGAGAUCUUGGCGAAUAUCGGCACUUGUUACGCGGCCAUAGACCGCCACGCUGAGGCGCUCCGCGUGUUCCGCGACGCUCUACACGAAUUCGUCGGGGCUGACGAGGACCGGCUGCAUCUACUCCUCCAACUCGCCGACUCCUCCAUACGCGUCAGUGAAACGUACGACGUGAUUUCCCGGACCCUCGAAGAAGCUUUGAAGUUGGCGCGAAAACUGGGAGAUCUGGACGCGCAGCGAGAGGCAUUGAUACCUUUACGAGCGGUCGCGAGGGCUCACGGCGCGGCGGCGAGAGCCAAGGGAUAUGAUGAGCAGUUGCUGCAGGUUGAGCAGCUGUUGGCUGCAUCGAAGAGUGAUACACAAGGGGAUUCGGUGGAGCCCAGGUCGGAUUUGACGGUGGAUGAUGAGGUGCUCAAUCAGGCGGGCUUUGACGACGACCACAUGGAGAUGAGGGACGGAGAGCAGAAUCCCAAACCGGCAAUGGAUGAGCCGACGACUGUGUCAGCACAUCAGCCAUCGAGCUCCCCACCUCCGCACAUUACCACCCAACCCAUCCGCGACCGCACGUCCAAGUAUAAAAUCCAUCUGAUAGAUAGCGAUAUCGAUGAGCCCCUCUCUCCGCCGCGUUUACGAGCAACCGCCAAGCGCACGGCAGAAACGACAUCAGCGCCGGUUAAGGUCAUCGAGCUGUUGAGUCCGUCCCCGAAACGAAGUGCGGAAGUGAUGUCGCCAGUGACUGGGCAGAGUAUUGCUAAGCGGAGAAUGCGGGUAGAAUCGUCGCCCGACCCGCCCGAGCUUCAGGACUCGUUCGGUUAUUUGAGCCUGCCUGGACCGGCGUUGCGGACCGUUGAUGAGAACGGGCCGGCAUUCAUCAAGUCAGACUCGCAAUGCGUCCUCGACAUCGACGGACCGUUCAUCGACCCUUCAACAGCCAAGCCUCUGAACAACUCCACACAGUUAUCCUCAGCAGUCCCAUCCUCCCAACCCCGCCCUCCUCACCUUCGCCUCCCGCUAACACCUUCGAACCCCCAACUCACGCCUCUCAGCCGCCGACACCCAACCCCCAGCAGCACCGACGCCGGCUCUGUCGCGUCGUUCUCCACCCCGAUCCACCGGUCUCGCUCCAACCCUUCGCAGUCUCAAACCAAAAGACGGAAACCACCACUGAAAAUCCGCGUUGUCCUCGGCAAUGCCGGAGAAGAGGAAACCCUCGCCAUCCCCUGCCCUGAUGGACCUACCGGCACACCCAAGACAGUAGGGUGGGUGGUCGAGGAGGCUAGGAGGCGGUAUAAGGAUAUCUAUCAUACUCAGCCGCCGAUUAUGAAGAUUAUGACGACGGACCCAGAAACAAACGAGGAGGAGACUUUGGGGGGUGAUGAUAUCGUUGAGCAUGUAUUGGUCAAUAAGCAGAAGAUUCGGUGUAUUAAUCGCCCGGGAUGAUGGGGAUAGCCACGGUAUGUGGUAGGUGGAGUGGAUUGGAGAUUGGAGUGCUGGGUGAAGGCCGAUGCGCGGCGGACAUACUCCUGGUUCCAUGCGGACGUUUACCCCCGAAAUAGUCACAGAUAGUCCACGAUACCUUCGAGUGACGCUGCCGAAGACAGAUAAACGCAUAUUCGACCCCCGCAUUUGUGUACGUACGAGACACAUAGAACAUCGGCUUAUAUUGAGGGACGGGCGAUAUGGACU